ACCCCUUCAUGUCCAAACUAUAAUGGAUACCAUGAUCCGAGGACGAAUAGAACGUGUUGAGGGCGGAGGGCUGUUGCAGGACAUUGAAAGUCCGCAACUCCGCACUUCAACAUAGGAUAGCAACGAACCAUACGCAGUUUAUAAACCUGGGUAGCCAAGAGACUUAGCUUUAAAGCAGGCCAUUUACACGAUUCAAAUAUCUUUAUACUAGUAUCAAACCGGAAGGUCUCUUUCAAGACUUACACAAUGUCACAGAAUGUCGUUUUUGUCACGGGUGCUACCGGCUCCCAAGGAUCCGCCGUUGCGAGACAGCUUCUCGAGCUUGGCUGGACCGUACGAGCUACAGCUCGUAACAUGGACUCUCCCGCCGCCAAGAGACUACAAGAUCAAGGCGCUGAAGUUACACCUGGUGAUUGGGACAACGAAGCAGUUCUCAAGGAGGUCAUCAACGGAUGCACACAUGUGUUCAUGAAUCUGGUACCAAACAUCACAACAUUCACCUCAGAGAUACCGGCAGCGAAGCGGAUCAUCGACAUAGCUAGGACAGCAGGCGUUAAACACAUCAUCUACUCCAGCGGCAUGGCCAUCAAAGAUAUGGAGAAGGACCGAUACCAUGACCCUGAACACCCUGUUGGACGCGCCCACGGAUGGAAGAGAGAGGUUGAAAAUCUCGUCAAGAACGCCGGCUUCGAGGCAUGGACAAUUCUCCGUGGAGGAUUCUUCAUGUGUAACUUCCUGGCGCCUAAAGUCAAUAUCAUGUGCUCCGGCCUGGUAGGCAGCAAUACGUGGUCUACUGCCUACACGCCAGAGGAACAGCUACCAGUUAUGGAUAUUGAGGACCUUGCAAAGUUUGCUGUGGCGGCUUUCCGUGAGCCAGACCGCUUCCAUGGGCAGACCAUCGAAAUUGCAAGUGAGAAACUCUCACCGGAUGAGAUUAUGCAACAACUGGGCGAAGCGAGCGGAAAACCUUUGAAAGCUGUUUACCUGACUGAUGAUGAGAUCGAGGCGAAGAAAAAUGAGGAUAUCUUUGUUGUUAUACAGUUGAUGUCGAGAGGCUUGGGAGAUAAGGUCGAUAUAGGUGAAGUUAAAGGUUGGGGAAUUCCUCUAACAACCUUCAAGGAGUUUCUUGAGAGGGAACACUCCUGGGUCGAAAGUACGUUCGUAUAACACGUCAUUAGCGCACGGAGAUCAGCCUCAGGUCGAGUUCUAAGACAAACAUUAAUUUUAAACUCUUAGUUUAUACUUGAAAG